UCUACGUACGCAGAAAGAAGUACAUCGCAGCGAUGGCAAGAACCAAGCAGACGGCUCGUAAAUCCACCGGCGGCAAAGCCCCGAGGAAGCAGCUCGCGACCAAAGCCGCCCGUAAGAGCGCUCCGGCCACCGGCGGCGUCAAGAAGCCUCACCGCUACAGGCCCGGCACCGUGGCUCUGCGAGAGAUCCGUCGCUAUCAGAAGUCCACCGAGCUGCUGAUCCGCAAGCUGCCCUUCCAGCGUCUGGUGCGAGAAAUCGCUCAGGACUUCAAGACGGACCUGCGCUUCCAGAGCUCCGCUGUCAUGGCCCUGCAGGAGGCCAGCGAGGCUUAUUUGGUCGGUCUGUUUGAGGACACCAACCUGUGCGCCAUCCACGCCAAGAGAGUCACCAUCAUGCCCAAAGACAUCCAGCUGGCCCGCCGCAUCCGUGGAGAGCGCGCUUAAACCCGCCGCUGCAUCACCCGCAUUAAACCCCAAAGGCUCUUUUAAGAGCCACCAAAAAUCACAGCGAACGAGAGAAUUUUCGCUAUAACGUUCAGUAGGAAGUAACACCGCUUUAAUCUAGUGUUGUCAUCUAAAUUUCAGGGGAAGUUGCUGAAGGAAGGUCGAUUUUACCUGCAUUUUAAAUUAUGCAUUGUAUUUUGUGUUUUCAGAUUACGUAUUACAACAAAUAAUGGAUAAGACACAAUGUCCUGAAAAAUUACUAGUACCUUUUCCAUUUUUCUAGA